CAUAGACAGGGGCGGGUGGCCACAUGCAGAAGAGAGCAGGGAGGGCUGGGAAGUUGGGAGAGCACAGAAGGGCUCCACAGGAAGCUGAAGCUGGGGAAGACAUGGAGCAAGCCGAACCUGAGGAGAAAAGGACAAGAUGGCGUCCUGCUCUGGGCGAUGUGAGCAGACACAGCGGGAACCACCUAACCACCUUUGCUCUUCAAAUGCCACUACAGAUUCACAGAUGAGCAUGGCCGCCACUGCUGCUGUCAGUCCCAGUGACUACCUGCAGCCUGCUGCCGCUGCUACCCAGGACUCCCAGCCGUCUCCCUUGGCUCUGCUUGCUGCAACAUGUAGCAAAAUUGGCCCCCCAGCUGUUGAAGCUGCAGUGACACCUCCUGCUCCCCCCCAACCUACCCCAAGGAAACUGGUCCCUAUCAAACCCGCCCCUCUCCCUCUCAGUCCCUGCAAGAAUAGCUUUAGCAUCUUGUCAUCUAAAGGAAAUAUACUUCAGAUUCAGGGCUCCCAGCUGAGCGCCUCCUACCCUGGAGGGCAGUUUGUGUUUGCGAUCCAGAACCCCACUCUGAUCAACAAAGGGAGCCGAUCAAAUGCAAGUAUCCAGUACCAAGUCCCUCAGAUUCAAGGGAACAGUUCCCAGACCAUCCAGGUGCAGCCCAAUCUCACCAACCAGAUCCAGAUCAUCCCAGGCACCAACCAAGCCAUCAUCACCCCGUCAACAUCCGGUCAUAAGCCUGUCCCCAUCAAGCCAGCUCCUGUCCAGAAAUCAAAUACGACCACCACCCCUGUGCAGAGCGGGGCCAACGUGGUGAAACUGACAGGUGGGGGUGGCAACAUGACGCUCACCCUGCCACUCAACAACCUGGUGAACACCAGCGAUAUUGGGGCCCCUGCUCAGCUCCUCACUGAGAGCCCCCCGACCCCACUGUCUAAGACUAACAAAAAAGCUAGGAAGAAGAGCCUUCCUGUGUCACAGCCCUCAGUAGCUGUGGCUGAACAGGUGGAGACGGUACUGAUCGAGACCACAGCAGAGAACAUCAUCCAGGCAGGAAACAACCUGCUGAUCGUCCAGAGCCCUGGUGGGGGCCAGCCCGCUGUGGUCCAGCAAGUCCAGGUGGUGCCACCCAAGGCCGAGCAGCAACAGGUGGUCCAGAUCCCCCAGCAGGCACUGCGGGUGGUGCAGGCUGCCUCUGCCACCCUCCCCACCGUUCCCCAGAAGCCCUCCCAGAACUUUCAGAUCCAGACAACUGAACCAACACCAACCCAGGUUUAUAUCCGUACACCUUCUGGUGAGGUACAGACGGUCCUUGUCCAGGACAGCCCCCCAGCAACAGCUGCAACCACGUCAACCGUCUCCUGUAGCAGCCCGGCGCUCCGAGCUCCCCAUCUGAGUGGCUCCAGCAAAAAGCAUUCGGCUGCAAUUCUCCGAAAAGAGCGACCCCUGCCAAAGAUUGCACCUGCUGGGAGCAUCAUCAGCCUGAACGCUGCACAGCUGGCAGCAGCUGCUCAGGCCAUGCAGACCAUCAACAUCAAUGGUGUCCAAGUCCAGGGUGUGCCUGUCACCAUCACCAACACUGGCGGACAGCAACAGCUGACAGUGCAGAAUGUUUCUGGAAACAACCUGACCAUCAGUGGGCUGAGCCCCACCCAGAUCCAGCUGCAGAUGGAGCAGGCCCUGGCCGGAGAGGCCCAGCCUGGGGAGAAACGGCGGCGCAUGGCCUGCACAUGUCCCAACUGCAAGGACGGGGAGAAGAGGUCUGGGGAGCAGGGCAAGAAGAAGCAUGUGUGUCACAUCCCGGACUGUGGAAAGACUUUCCGGAAGACGUCCUUGCUUCGGGCCCAUGUCCGCCUGCACACUGGCGAGCGACCCUUUGUCUGCAACUGGUUCUUCUGUGGAAAGAGGUUCACACGGAGUGACGAACUCCAGCGGCAUGCUCGCACACACACAGGGGACAAGCGCUUUGAGUGUGCCCAAUGUCAGAAGCGCUUCAUGAGGAGUGACCACCUCACCAAGCAUUACAAGACCCACCUAGGCACGAAGGGCUUGUAAGGCCAACUGAGGCAGGAGGCCCUGAAGAUGGAAACCAUCCCCCCAUCUGAUUGGCCCUGGGUCCGUGAUGGACAGGUGCCACAAUUGCCCUGGGCAGCCCUCACCCCACUCCUGUUCUGUGGCUGUGUCCCCACAGGGAGGGACUCUAUUCCUGUGUUCUUCUCCUUCCAAAGGCUCUGCCCUUCUUACCAUGAGCUCCUGGCCUACCCAGGCUAUGGACACAGGCCAUGCCCAAUGAGACGUUCUAAACCAGGACGCGUGGGGACCCUUAUUUCCAAAGGAAAAACAUACAUUUCACUCCGUCGAGGAGCAAAGUGAGCCCCCUAUCCCCACCCCACCCCACCCCCCUCCUCAACACUGCCGAGUCCCAUUGUGCCAUGCCCCCCUCCCCCCCACUGUGCCUCCUUGUCCCCCUCAAUUAACUCCUCCCGGGCUGCUAGGGACACCCCGGGGCCCUGUACCCGGCCUCCCACUGACACCCACCUCUGUGGAAGUGGGAGGCUGCCUCCACUCCACUGCCCAGCCCCACCACGGCUCUCCUCCAGACAUUCCAACUUCCUAUGAAAGGUCAGAUGCCGAGGACCCCACCCCUCUUUUCUACGGAGAACGUUGCCUUAUACUCAACUUCAGAUGAUGAACACUGUGUACGUGUGCUUUAAAGACAUUUUAUUUCAUUGCUCCUUCCCUCUUUGCUAGUCGCCUCCCCGCCUGCGUUCAGCUUAGGGAUGGGGGCAAUGCUGAGCAUAGGAGGUCUCUCUCUCUCUCUCUGUCUCUCUCUCUCUGGUAUUUUUUUCUCACUUUAACAAUUCUUUUCUAAAUGACACAUUUCAACUCAAAUCUGGACUCACAUGAAAACACCUCCCAUCCUGACCCCGUCCACGCCUUCAUCACCCUACCUGCCCAAGCUCCAUUGUGUACAGUGUAUAUUGUAUAAUAGACGAUUGUGUCUACGACAUGUUUUAAAAAACAUAUUGCUUGUUAUUUUUGAGGCUUUUAAAUUAAACAGAAAUCCAACUUUAUUUUUUGUUGUAACUGCUUGAGGAUGUUUUAUUAAUUAAGUGAAGGUUUGUUAUCCUUUAUUAACGAUGUAUUUUGUUGGUCAGUACUGGGCUGACAAAGGGUUUCUUGCUAAUAAAUUUAGUUGCCCGAGGCAAA